AUGGCGACUCAAGCUUAUUUAGAGCGCUAUCGUCAGCUAAGCGCUCUGGACCAGCAGAAGAAUGACUUCAUUGAGGAACUUCUUCAACGUGUGACCACCCUAGAGAAUUCCUUCCAACAAGAGAAACUCGACCAUGAACGCGAAACCCGGUUCAAUCGUGAGGUUCAGGUGCAUGAAAUGGAGCUGAUGGACCAGAUAUCAGUUGUCAAGAAAAUGAUGGACCGUGAACCAUUCGUCGUGUUGCUUUUAGACGGCGAAGGAAUAAUAUUCAAAGAUGAAUUUCUGCAACUAGGGGAACAGGGUGGACGCAAUGCGGCCAAGCAGCUCUGGAAAUCUCUCCAGAGCUACGUGACAACAAUUCUUUCCACAAUCACCGAGCCGAAGAUAAUGACCAAGAUCUAUCUUAAUGUGAAGGGACUUAUGGAGACUUACAUCCGGGGCGGAAUCGCCCUAGAGGCCUCCACAAUCAAUGAAUUUAUUCGUGGAUUCAAUGAGAGUGCAUCGUUCUUCGAAAUUGUGGACGUUGGAACUGGCAAAAACAAAGCGCAUGAUAAAAUCAAGGAGGCAUUCAAGCUUUACUUAUACAACUGCCAUUGCCACCAGCUCUUCUUGGGCUGUCCCUCCAAUGAAGAAUAUGCUCGGUCAUUGACAGAACUCAUUUCUGGCGCGAAUUAUAAGGGCCGAGUCUCGCUGGUUGAGGGUCUUCCACUCGAGAAGGAAUUUGAUUAUUUCCGAGAGCAGGACUAUCGCAUCACCCAGUUCCCGGAUGUUUUCCGCACCACAAAGAUUGCUCCAAUUACAUUGACCGCACCGAGUGUACCGAGUGUACCGAGUGCAACGAGUGCACCGUCUUGGGCUGCUCCUUGGAAAAGCGCAAUCCCUUCGCGGACUUUGCUCACACCAUCGCCGACCCAGCAAUUCCAAACACCUGCUUUGUCACGAACCUCUACCAGUACCAGUGUGUCAAAUUUGGGCGCUCCAUUGGCCUCGGUGACAAAUAAACCCGAGUCUUCUGAUUUCCAGGUCGUUCGGUCCAAGGUGCCUGGUGCAUCCCCCCCAAAGACGGUGGAACGGAAUAAAUACGGCCAGCGUGUUGAUCGGCUCGACUUCAAGAGCAUUCCUCGCGAUGAUCUUAACAAACUGAAGAAGCUCAAGCUUUGCAAUUAUCAUUUCUUGCUCGGUGAAUGUCCUAAUGAAGAGAAUUGCUAUCAUGACCAUGAUCGCAAAUUGUCACGCCAAGAUCUGCACAUCCUGUCAGCCAUUGCCCGCAUGACACCCUGUCGCUUUGGUCUAGAAUGUGAUGACGUCGAGUGUAUCUAUGGUCAUCGUUGUCCUCAGAGCGAACCUGGUAAAAAGACUUGCUUCCGAGGCGACAGCUGCCGCUUUGAGCCCGUGGCGCAUGGCAUCGACACGAACAUCGUCAAAGUUACGAAAAUUUGA